ACAUCCGCUUUCCCUUCCUUGAGAGUUAAGAUGGCGGACCGGCGGCGACGGAGACGGCGCGUCUCACAGGACAGCGAGGAGGAGGAUGAGUCUGCCUCGGGAUCCGAGAGCGGGAGAUCCUCUUCGGCCGGUAGGAAGGCUCGCGGAAGAGAUCCCGAGCCGGUGGAAGCGCCAGUGGAGCGCGUCGUCCCCAAAAGCGACUGUGUGUCGGAGUGUGAAAGUGAAGACGGCGUAGGCGAAGCUGUGCUAUCAGACUAUGACAGUGCUGAUCUGGAGGAGAAUGGAUCACACACUGAGGGAGGCGAAGAUGAGGAGGAAGGCGAGCAUUUUAGUGAAGAAGAGGCCUCACGACCUGCCGCAGAACCGAAACCUGCUGCAGACCCCCCUGCGGAAGAAGAGCUGGAGGUCGAAGAGAAAGAUGAAGGGGUGAAAGAAGUUAAAGCGGAGAAGGAAAAUCUGUCCGGAGAGAGGCAGAGUGGUGACGGACAGGAAAGCACAGAGGACCCUGAGAAUAAAUCGGACAGUAAAGGCAGUCAGAAGCUGGACGACGAUGAAGACCGGAAGAAUCCAGCGUACAUCCCCCGAAGAGGGCUCUUUUUCGAGCAUGAUGUCAGAGGUCAGACUCAAGAAGAAGAGAGACCUAAAGGGAGACACAGGAAGUUGUGGAAGGACGAGGGUCGUUGGGUACACGAUAGGUUCCGUGAAGAGGAGCAGGUGCCAAAGUCCCGCGAAGAGCUUGUCGCUUUUUACGGUUAUGACAUACGCAAUGGCACAGGACCAAGUGACGGACGGUCGUACCGUUCUCGAAAACCCAGACAUGGUUCACCCAAUCGAGAGCCUAGGCGCCAACGUGAUGGCGAAAAGUUUGUUCGUACUACCUGGCAGGGCCCCCCUCCUGGUCACCGCAAUCCCCCUCAGUCUGUUACUCUACAAUCAGGCCCACCCACUGCUCCCCCUGCAGGACCCAAACCCACCGGACGAACCUCAGCUCAGCCUCCCCACCGUAGUUUCCAUAACAGUCGAGGCCCAACAGCCUCGCACAGGACAGAAGGCAGAGGGUACCCGAAGCCCAGCCUUGACGGCCCGCCACCUCGUGGUUCGCGGUCUCAGCCAGCGGAGGUCGAGAGGGGUCCAAGGCUCAAGGGCCGUGGCUCUCACUCCGGCCGUGCUGACCGUAGCCCAGCACUGCUGGUGGAGGACAUCCACAGCGAGGAAGAGGAGGGUGAAAUUCCACUGGCGACGACUACAUACACUGCUCAUCACUACAAGACUGAAAGAGAUAGGGUUCCAUCGCCACGGAAACAGGACCCAGGUCUUGUGGCAGAAGGGCAAAUGCGAGAAUCAUCUCCACCUCAAGAGAGAACGGUGGAAAAGAAAUCGUACUCGCUGGUGCGGAGGGCGACGAGAACGCGGCCAUCUGACCUCGGUAAGCAGGCGUCAUUAGAUGAUUCUUCAUCUACUGUACAGCAAGCGGCAACGGCGGCAAAGGGUGAGUCAUGGCAAGAGCAGAGCGAUGCAGGAACGCAAGGUGGACUGUCGGGGCUUGAUCAGGACCUGGCCCGCCUCAGCCUGGCGGGGCAGAACUGGGCCCAGAGCCCGCCUUCCUACCUACAGGCUGAGAUGAGGGGUAUCCGUAGUUCAAUGCACAUGGGUGGAGGCCCUCCUCAGUAUGGAAACAUGGAGGAUAUGGGUGUCGGUAGUGGUCGGGCAAAGCGGUAUUCAUCACAGCGCCAGAGGCCAGUUCCUGAACCUGCGCCCAUGCACAUAGGAGUCAUGGAGGGCCAUUAUUACGAACCCAUGUCUUUCCAGGGACCAAUCUAUACACACGGGGAGAGCCCAGGAGCCCUUCCUCCUCAAGGCAUGCUCGUUCAGCCUGACAUGCACCUUCCACACCCCACUCACCCUGGACACCCAGGCUUACAUCCGCACCAAUCUGGUGGGCCGAUGCCCAAUCCUGCUCUUUAUGCAGCCCCACCCGUUUCUAUGUCACCUGGGCAACCCCCUCCACAGCAGCUGCUACCCCCACCCUUCUAUCCCCCUCCAGGUGUCAUGACCUUUGGGAACACCAAUUACCCGUACCCUGCUGGAGCUACGCUACCUCCAAUGUACCCCAACCCCCAGGCACAGGUGCAGGUGUACGGCGGGGUGACGUACUACGACACGGUUCAGCAGCAAGCUCAGCCCAAACGCUCCCCACCCCGGCGGUCUUCUCAUCCUGUUACUGUCAGACCUCCACCUCCCGAGUUUCUACAGUUUUAAAUCAAGGGUUUGACUCUCUCUUCCACCAGGACCGUAACAGAAAGCCAGCUGAGGAGAUCCAUUCCUAGCUUACAGAAAACAAGAAGGCUGUGUGUCAGGACCAUUUUUGUAUAAAUUGAAUUCGCUAUUUAGGUUUUGAGUUUCUUUUUUUUAAAUGUGUGUAUUCUGUAAAGCCUUGCUUGAGUUCACUCUCUUCAUCCACGGUCCUGGUUGUUCCUAUGUUGUAUUUUUCCCCAACCAGUAAAGUGUUUUCUCUGGGAGUGAAAUAAGCAGGCAGACGUUUUUCCUUUACAAAAUAAAUUUCGUAUCCCUGAUGUCUCUUGUCAGACUGAUUGAAAUUGUACAAAACUGCUGGACUUUGAAAUGCCUUCAUCCUAGACCACAAGCAGUUUAGAUGUCUAUCUCGGUUUCGGAUUCGUUUGCUCCGUUGUGCAAACAAACAUGCUUUUAUUCAAAAGGAGGAAAGUACUGCUGAGAUUUCGACUGUUGGGUUUUUGCCCUGAAUCUUGCAUUUUACAUCUGAAGCCUAUGAAUUCUGUCUAAAUCAGUUUCAUGCUUGGAACGGAAUAAUGCGUUUGCAAAUGCGAGAUUUUCUUUUCCAAAGUUCAAUCAUUAAGUUUAAACAUUUCACACCUUUGUCAAGUUUAGGGGUGCUGUACCAUUCUGACUGCUUGACCCAUCGUGAUCGGUGCUAGGCCCCACGUAGGAGGCCGAAACCUUCAACCUUCUUCCUCUUUCUGUCCAGUUGGCCCUUGUGUCCUUGACAUUGUACUGUGUUGAAUUCAAUACUGUAAAUCUAUCAAAUCCAACCGAUAACCUGUCAGAUACUGACCUACUUGACAGUGUAACAGCUCGUUAGCUUUCUAUUGUAAGUGUACAUAUUAAAGUAUAUUAAAGCCAGUUGUUUAAGGAGUAAUACUGAACUAAAAUACUAAACUACUAAGAAAUACUGCCAGUAUAUAAACAAAGCCAGCAGGGAAACAGCUUAGGCCUCCAUUAUUUUUGUUUCCUCUUCGAUUUAAAGAGUCAUGAUGGUUGUAUUCUUUCAGGCACGCAUGAUUUUAUAGAUCUGUUUCUCUGUGAUGGCGACUUUGGCUGUGAGCUGUUAUACUUUGCCCCACUGUGGGAGUGCAAUGGAUGCAUCUUUUUCAAUUGUUCCCUUUAUGAUUGUAACAUAAAAAAUAGCUAACAGUAUAACUGAAAUGUUGUUCCAAGCGUUGUUUAGACACGGCUCAUAAAGAUUAUUAGAUGAUGUUGUAUUAUGUUCUAUGCCUUAAAGAAUUCAUUGGUUUGACAUAUCUGUUUUGUUUGAUUAGACCUGAGGACACUGUGAGGGCUUGUACGUUUCCUAGUUGUUUGAAUAAUAUUGAAAGUGUUCAUUUUUGCGAUUGUUUUGUGGAGCAAUGUCAGGAGAUAAAAAUUAAACCAAUUCAAUCUAA